AUGGGUCUAGUUUUAUGGACCCUGGGGGCUUUGUUAUUGCAGAGUGUGUGUGGUCAGGCGCCGCAUAUUCGCAACCUACAUGCCAGAUUCGACCCGCAACAGGACUCGGUGUACGUCAGCUGGACAGCGCCUUAUGUCAAGGAUGGUAAGGAAGUUUCUCUCGGAGGACGAAUUAGGCUAUUUGGAAAUAAAGUAGCGCGCAAAAUUUAUGAAGAAAUAGCUUGAAGAGCGGCGCUGAUUUUGAAAAAAAAGUAUUUUUGAAUUAGUAAUUUUUUAAAGCGGCAAAGAUCAAUAAAUAUUAUCUCGGCCCUGCCUGCAAUCUUAUUGUUAAAAAUUUCAAUGAGUGUUAUGUGGCCCAUAUAGGCUUCAUUUUUACGUUUUACUUAUCUUUGAUGUUCUAAUUCUUUUUUGUCAGACCUACAAUAUCAAGUGAAGUAUCGCCUAUUGAACCGAGAAGAUGACUGGCAUUAUAUUCGAGUCCAAGAGACCGAAGCAAGGUUAGAAGAGCUCACGAAUCUCAGAAAUGGGGAUGAAGUCGAAGUUGAGGUAAGAAACGCCGUACUUUGUCAUCAUCAGCAAGUGGAAUAUCAGAAAAAAUAUUUUUCUAAAGUUUGAUACCAAAUAUGUUUAUAGGUCAAAUCUGAACUAGACGGAGCCAACCCAGGUCAAUCUUUGGUCAUCAACGUCGUCAAGCAACUUCAAGUUGACGGCCUUACCCUCGAAGAAGACGACUUGCUCCCUCCUCUUAAUUUUCAAGCCCACAUUCUUGAUCCCUAUACUGUAAAACUCCAAUGGAGACCUUAUAAUCUCAAUCCCAAUGCCUUCUACAUAGUGAAUUCAAAGCAAUUGACUCCUAGGAAUGAGGAUAACCUGUUCAGACAACAGGUAAGACAGAUGGUCUAGUAUAAUGUAAAAAUAUUUAUAUUUUAGGUCAGAGUAGAGGAAACCGAGUUUGUUUUGAGGAAUCUGGAGCCCGGAGAGAAGUAUGAGUUUACAAUUCGGACGGCUACAGCGCCAGAUCAUACAUCCAGCACUGCGGCGAUCGUGGAGAUCACCAUGCCUGGAGGUAAUUUUACAGUGGGGGACCUGAUCCAGUGGCAUAAAACGACCAUUUUGUAUCCGGGAAGUAUCAAAAAUGUGGCAAAAUGCUUCCCUCUCCAAGUGAAAAAAAAAUUCGUUUUGAAGAGCGCGCCGAUUGCCUCACAAAAAGAGCCGGGCGCGCUUUUGAAAUAUGAGUUUUUUUCACUUGGAGAGGGAAGCAUUUUACCGCAUUUUUGAUACUUCCCGGAUGUAAAAUGGCACGUUUUUUGCCACUGGAUCAGGUCCCCCACUGUAGGAAUAAUUGUCCACAACCCUGCUUUUUUGAUAGCAAAAAGUCUUAAAACGAUCGCGAAAGUCUUUGACAACUAUAUUUUUACAGCGGAAGAGUACUACGAAGUUGGAAAUCUCCUGAUCUCCAGUAAAUUUAACCUUGAUGGAACUGGAACCGUAAAUUUAACCUGGGAAGUUCCUCGAAACAUGAAAGAUAAGAUUCAAGGAUACCAUGUGGAAUACACUCCGGAACAAGCCAAAGACUGGAAAAAGCUCUACUUUGACGGAAGCAGUCCUACGACAAUUUUGACGGAUCUCACUAGGUGAGAAGGCCUACUGCAAUAUCGAAAAAAAAACUAAAUUUGCUACUAAAACAAUGUAAAAGCUAAAUGACCAAAUUAAUUUCAGUGACACACAGUACUUACUGAAAAUACGAACCGUCCUGAAAAACAAUCUGGAGACCGACAGCGGCGAGUUCAAGUUCAAGACACCCAGAAUUCCGAGAAAUCCAAUCGAAAAAGUUGAUGUCAUCUAUUCCAGUGAGACUUCAGAUGUCAGAUUACAAUGGGAACUCAAGCGGUAAGAUAUUUUGCAACCUAUUUUAUAGUUGAUAACUAACUUUCCGAUAAUUUUUUCAAACAAAAGUUAACCUAUAUUAUCCAUGUUUAGUGAUGAAGAUUCGAAUGCAAUUAGUGGCUAUGUCGUCUACAUAAAUGAAGAUCCCGAUGCUCCAGAGCACGUCUGGCGAAGGAUUCAACAUAAUUCGGCGGAUAAAUCGGUUCUCAUUGCGGGACUUUUGACCGAUACAACCUAUUAUGUUAGAAUCACACCUAUCCUAAGUGAUGGCACCGUGCAAAAAUCUACUGUGGUCUAUCGAUUCACAACUUUAUGUAGGUGAAAAUAGAGUCCAUAAAGAACGUUUUAGCCCAUCAACCAAGACAUCAUCACAAACGACAUCGACGUCAUCUAAGACAUUACAUCAAGAUCACGGACUGCUAUGAUAAUGUAAAAUUUUGAUGAAAACCUCGACAAAUUGUUCUUACAAUUGACAUUCUGCCAGAUUAGUCUUAGAAUCAAUCUUGCCAAAUUUUAUCCACUUUUUAGGUAUGAAUUAUCAUGGAUAAUAUUUUAGAAGGACUGCAAAUCCUCAGAACGCUGCACUCAGAUGGAAGAUGGGAAAUGGUGCCUCCCUCGCGUCCGCAAACUCGCAAAAAAUAUCGAUACAGACAUUAUGGUACAAAAAUACGUUAUUUACACAAACUAA